AAGGGUUCGGCUGAACGCGGACCGCAAUGAGGACCACGCCAGACUGGAUCUAAAAUGUCAGUGUCUUUUCUGAGGAACUUAAUUUUACUGUGUGUGGGAAUCUUUGUUUUUCCGGUUACAACCGGAUAUUUUGGGAUUUCGGGAAGAGAGCCGGUGCUGAUAAUGACACUUGGCGAACAUCAGCGACCGAUGAGCAACAAGAUUAGGAGCUACGCCGCGCCUAGUGUCUGCGAUAUGCUGAAACUCCACGGCAAGCAGAAGAGAAUGUGCAAACGAGGGAAAGGUGUCCCUGAAACUCUCAUAGAUGCCACAAAGCUGUCUCUGUCGGAAUGCCAGGCCAAGUUUCAGAACGAGAGGUGGAAUUGUUCAAUGGGAAUCUACAGACAGAACAUUCUCAGAAAAAGUUUCAAAGAAACCUCAUUUCUGUAUUCCAUAACGUCAGCUGGUCUCGUGCAUGCCUUUGCGCGUGCUUGCAGCUUACAGCGUCUCGAGACGUGCACGUGCGACGAAUCCAAAAAUCUGACGCACAGGAAAACGUGGGGUUGGGGAGGCUGUGGAGAUAACAUCAAGUUCGGUCUCAAAUUUACCCGAAGGUUUCUUGGAAGGGCCCGGAGAUCCGGCAAAGACGUCCGGGCAGAACUUGACCAACACAACAUAAACCUCGGAUUAAAGAUUGUAAAAGAUCACGUGAGGACCACGUGCAAGUGCCAUGGUGUCUCAGGUUCGUGCACAACAAAGACUUGUUGGCGGCAGUUACUUCCCUUUAGUGCUAUUGGAAAAAUCCUGAAAGACAAAUAUGAAAGAGCUGUAAGAGUGGCUUCUUUUAAGAACCAAGCAACAGGCCGAUCGAGGCUAGUUAAAUUCCAGAAAAACUCCAACGCCUUAAAUGUAAGCUUUGGCAUCUCGCCGAAGAAAGGAGAUUUAAUUUAUCUGGAAAAUUCGCCGAGCUUUUGCAAGAAAACUCGGUAUUCUCCGGGUACGUACGGGAGACAUUGCAUCAAGGAUUCCAGUUGUGAUAUUGUGUGUUGUGGUCGAGGCUACAACAUUCAGAACGUUGUUGUGAAGAAAUCUUGUGAGUGCCGGGUAAUAUGGUGCUGUUACGUCAAAUGCAAACAAUGCAACGUCACAGAAGAAGUGCACACUUGUAAAUGAUAUCACUACGUAAACUGAGGACGUUUUAUGACCUCAUCGUACAUAUUGUGAAGAGCGGAUUGACGUGUAGAAAAGUACGCGAAACAGGCAGUGCAACCAUGAAGUGAUGUAAAUAUUGUGCCGCAAAACUGAACAUAGAAACUGG